UAAAUAAGCGUUUAUAAUGUUGCAAUGCAUAUCAUCAAAACCACAGAGUAAAAAAUGAAGUCCACAAUUUUCUUAGCUUCCUUCCUCGUCAUUCUGGUAACCAGCCCUUUGGUCGCAUCCGCAGAAACCAAUAAAGUCCUCGACAUAGACGGCCAUGAACUCCGGAGAGACACAAAUUACUUUAUCUUGCCUGUUGUCCGAGGCAACGGCGGUGGACUCAAAUUGUACAGCGGAAGAACUAGCCGAUGCCCGAUGGACGUUGUCCAGGAGCCCAAUGAGCUCAACAGAGGUAUUCCAGUAAAAUUUUCACCUGUGAACCCUAAGGAAUCAACUAUACGAGUAUCAUCAGAUUUAAAUGUGAAAUUCUCUGGUGCAUCCAUCUGCGCACAAUCAACUGUGUGGAAGCUUGAUGGUCAGCGCUUCGUCUCGACAGGAGGAGUUGUGGGGAACCCUGGCGGGGCUACGGUAAGUAACUGGUUCAGAAUUGAGAAACUUCCCGGUCGAAACCAGUGGUAUAAGCUGGUGUACUGUCCCGCGGUGUGCAACACGUGUAGACCCGUUUGCGGGGACCUUGGUAUAGUUAUUGAAAAAAGUGGAACUAGACGUUUGGCUUUAAACGCCGGAAAGCCUUUCCAGGUUUUCUUUAAAAAGGCUUAAGCAUCCUGAGAAAUCUUAGCUUUGCAGAGGGUGCUUUAUCUAUGUCUUAAAUAAAACAAGGAAAUUAUCAACCAUAAUCUUCUGCUUUUGGCUU